CCCCUGGCCAGCAACCGAACCCAUCCUCAGGAGACCCAUUACUACUGCCCCCUCGGACUCCCUCUCGCCACCAACUCAGUGUGACUCCCCACGCCCACCGGCCGGCCCUCGCUUCAGGAACCAAAACCAAUCCUCCCAAUGCGGGAGGUUUCCCGAGGAAACUCUUCUUACAUUGACUCAUCUGCAGGUGAUUCUCCAAGGACAUGGGAAAAUAGGUGUAAGCCCUCGAACCCUUAAGUGGAGGGGAGCUGCCUUCUGCUGUGAAUGAUGGCCAAACCCACUCUGAGAGGGAAUGGCACUAACUCUGAGACAUUCCGACAGCGCUUCAGGAGAUUUCACUACCAGGAGGUAGCUGGGCCCCGGGAGGCUUUCAGCCAACUCUGGGAACUUUGCUGUCGUUGGCUAAGGCCGGAGGUGCGCACCAAGGAGCAAAUUGUAGAAUUGUUGGUGCUAGAGCAGUUCCUGACCAUCUUACCUGGGGAGAUCCAGAAUUGGGUACAGGAGCAAUGUCCAGAAAGUGGAGAGGAGGCAGUGGCUCUGGUGGAAGAUUUAGAAAGAGAGCCUGGAAGACCUGGACGUUCGGUCACAGUCUCUGUGAAGGGGCAGGAAGUGCGCUUGGAGAAGAUGACACCCGUGAAAUCAUCACGAGAGUUAUUAAGUGUUCGGCAGGAGUCAGUGGAACCCCAGCCCAGGGGUGUAACCAAGAAAGAGAGGGCAAGGAGCCCAGACCUGGGACCACAGGAGCAGAUGAACCCAAAGGAGAAGCUCAGACCUUUUCAAAGGAGCGGCUUUCCAUUUCCUAAAUCCGGUGUGGUCUCCAGGUUGAAGCAAGGAGAGCCAUGGAUCUCUGAUCUGGGGUCCAAAGAGAAGGAACUCCCAAGAGGCAGUCACACAGCAGAUAGACAAAUGCAUGCUGAUCUGUUACCACCCAAGAGAGAGAGAAGAAGCUGGGUGGACCAGGAUCACUGGGGCUUUGAGGAUGAGAAGGUAGCAGGUGUGCACUGGGGCUACGAAGAGACCAGAACUCUCCUUGCAAUUCUCAGUCAGACUGAGUUUUAUGAGGCUCUCCGAAACUGUCAUCGAAACAGCCAAGUGUAUGGGGCUGUGGCUGAGCGGCUCCGGGAGUAUGGCUUCCUUCGGACCCUGGAACAAUGUCGGACCAAGUUCAAAGGUCUCCAGAAGAGCUAUAGGAAAGUGAAGAGUGGUCACCCACCUGAGACCUGCCCCUUCUUUGAAGAGAUGGAGGCCCUGAUGAGUGCCCAGGUCAUCGCCUUGCCCAGUAAUGGCUUGGAAGAGGCAGCCUCUCACUCUGGCUUAGUGGGCAGUGAUGCCGAGACUGAGGAGCUAGGGCAAGGGGGCUGGCAGCAUGAGGAAGCAGAAGAGGGUAUGGCUGAAGAGUCUGACAGUGAUGAAAUGGGCCAAGAGGCCACCCCCCAAGACCCCGACAACUCAACUGCACCUGUUCUUUUUCGAAGCCCAAGUGGUGUACACUGGGGCUAUGAAGAGACAAAGACUUACCUUGCAAUUCUUAGUGAGACUCAGUUCUACGAAGCCCUCCGGAACUGUCACCGCAACAGCCAGUUGUAUGGAGCAGUGGCUGAGCGGUUAUGGGAAUAUGGAUUCUUAAGGACACCAGAGCAGUGUCGGACCAAGUUUAAAAGCCUACAAACCAGCUAUCGGAAAGUCAAGAAUGGCCAAGCACCAGAGACCUGUCCCUUCUUUGAAGAGAUGGAUGCUUUGGUGAGUGCCAGGGUUGUUGUCCCGCCCAGUGACAGCCAGGAAGAAGAGACAGCCUCUUGCCCCAUCCAGGAGACCAGUGAGACCGAAGCUGAGAAGCAAGCUGAGGUGGCAGAAGAGACCAUAGAAGAAGAUUCUGAGGAUGAUGAAGAGGACACUGAGGUACCUCUGGGGGUUGUCAUGACCCGUGCUCCAGUCUUAUUCCAGAGCCCCAGUGGUUUUGAGGCUGGAUUUGAUAAUGAAGAGAACCUAAAGCGAGAUAUUUCUGAGGAAGUACAACUACAUAGAACAUUACUUGCAAGGUCUGAAAGGAAAGUUUCCCGGCAUCUUACUCAGGGUAAAGGUGGUGAUAGUGAAUGUAGAUCAGGACAACAGUGGGAAAAGACCCCAGGGGAGAGAAGAGGAAAACAAAAACUCACAGAGAAGAGUUUAGGUAAAGUUCUAAAUCAUCAGAGACCUUACCUGGAAGAGAGACCCUGUAAAUAUCUCAGAUACAGCAAAAGCUUUGGUCCGAAUUCCCACCUCAUGCAUCAGAUAUCUCAUCAAGUGGAAAAUCCAUAUAAAUGUGCUGAUUGUGGGAAAAGCUUCAGUCGGAGUGCACGUCUCAUUAGACACCAGAGAAUCCACACUGGAGAGAAACCUUAUAAGUGUCUUGACUGUGGGAAAAGUUUCCGUGACAGUUCAAAUUUCAUCACCCACAGGAGAAUCCACACAGGAGAAAAACCAUAUCAAUGUGGUGAGUGUGGAAAACGUUUCAAUCAGAGCUCAAGCCUUAUAAUUCACCAGAGAACCCACACAGGAGAAAAGCCCUAUCAAUGUGAAGAGUGUGGAAAAAGUUUCAACAAUAGUUCUCAUUUCAGUGCACAUCGGAGGAUACACACAGGAGAGAGACCCCAUGUGUGUCCUGACUGUGGAAAGAGUUUCAGUAAGAGUUCUGACUUACGUGCACAUCAUAGGACCCACACAGGAGAGAAACCCUAUGGGUGUCAUGACUGUGGCAAGUGCUUCAGUAAAAGCUCCGCUCUUAAUAAGCACCGUGAGAUCCAUACACGAGAAAAACUUCUGUCACAGUCAGCACCUAAGUAAGCCCCUGAGAAUUUAAAGAAAAGAUAAAUGCACUGAAAUGAUUUCAAAAAGUCUUCCAAUAGUAGAUCCAUCUCUAUUCUCUGCCCAACUAGCUUAGGAAACACUCUAAGAUUUACCCCACUCUGUUCCCAUGUUUUUCCUGGAUCUGUGAAUUCCUAAGGUAGUUGUCUUAAGAAUGAAAGGAAGAUUUCAGUUCCUCUCCUUGCCUUCAUUGGAAAUGACAGAUAACACCUUGACCUCUCAGUACCUGUGUUGUUCCCUUAAUACAAAGGAUGUAAGUAGAUCCCAUGUAUUUAUUUAUCCUAUUAUUCAGCUGCAUUUCAGCUGGAAAAACCUAUCACAGCAGCAUUUCAGGGAGAAGUUGUGAAACUUUUCUGAGUGGGUCUAGCUCUUUAUACAAUAAUGGAAAUGCAAGAAAGUGGCUUUUCCUGUUCACAUAAGCCUGUGCUCAGAAUGACAUUGGUCAUGCACACUCUUCAUUUACCUUAAAGGAGAGUUUAAUAUCCAUCUUGGUUCGUUUCGGCCCUAUGAAUCAUCUUGUCAAAAGCCUAGGUGUUCUAUAUGGGGAAACCGUGUAAAACUUAUAUAAAUAUUGAAGUGUGAACCCUGGAUUUCUUAAUUUCUUCUAAGUCCUAGAAGAUCUGAAAUAGAAUAACACAUUUAGAGCAGCUAGUUUAAUUUUUUUUCUUCUGUUCCAUCUCAUCUGAAUUUCAUCUGCUCCCUCUGGUCCAGAAGUGCAAAGAGCAAGCCAGCUGGAUAUGCUGAUAUCAGAGAAGGCAGUUAAAGCUGCCAGUAGGGGACUGUCUGCAUUCUACACACUCCAAACACCUAGUGUAGUGUUAUACAGCACCCCAUGGGCGCUCAAUACUAACCUGCAUUGAACAGAAACCACUGCCACAUACCCAUGGAUUAGGAAACAGGCCACUUUGCUCGUAAUGGCAAGGAGGACAGAUUAUCUUUGGUCACUGGAGUUGCCAAUACUCGCACACAUGCACGUGCACAUAUUCAACUGUAUGGAUCUAUUUUUAAAAGCUCUUCAAACACAAGUGUAAUUCUGAUCUGUAUAAUCAAAUAGUAAUGAAUUAAUUGCCCAUCUAUUCAUAGUAGUAUGAUGAGCCCUGUACAGCACAAGGUAAACAGACCCUGUCCUUGUUCUUACAGUCUAAAACAGAUGACAAUGACAUGGACAAAUAAAUGCACAUGUAGAGCUUCAACAGUUUUAGAGAAAUCUAGAAAUCUAGUAACAUUUUGCAUAAAUGUUAAGGUAAAAUGCAUUAUAAUUUUCUAUAAGAAAAAAUCUGGGAGAUAUUUUCUUCUCUUUAUUCAGGAAGGCUUCAUGAAACAGCAACUGUUAAAAGGAAGGAAGGUUACUGGGUAAAUUAGGGUGGGAUGAACUCUCCAAAACGAAUCACAAAACUAGUGCUGAGUGGGUGAGAAAUAGGAAAAUUGGAGAGCAAGGUGUUUAAUGCAAAUGGAGCCGAGGGCAAAGGACAGACCGUAAGGAAAGUUAGACAAAAUCUGAAGCAGCACAAACUUUGAGAAACAGUAUGAUCUAGGCUAUGCACAAGACAGAGAACUAUCUUAACUGGAACAUGGAGUGCUAGAGGGAGAUAAGGAGCUGGUGGUCCAUCCACCGAUAAUAAAUCAGGUACUGUGCUGUACUUAUUGAUGAAAGAACCAGCUCGCACUGGGGAAGAAGAAUGAGCAGUUUAGGAGACUAGCUCCUAUGGGAGACAAAGGUCAGAAACUAGUAUCUUGAAAAGAUACUUCAGCAGGCAGGUCUGAGGAAAGAGGAAUGUGAACAGAUGGCCAAGGCCUGGGAUAAGUAGCUGUUUCAUAUUUGCAUUUAAUCAGAGUCCUGGGGCUAGAAUGAGAUAUCAAAGAGGAGUGGGGAGAUAGAAUAUUCUCUAAGUCAUAGCUUGCUGUGUUAGAUGAGAGGCUGAUGAGUGUUCUGGUGUUGAGGGACCCUACUACAAAGAAACUCCUAAUGUUUAUUAGGAGGAGAUGGUAUCUCAAUUAUGUGGCCUAAGCAGACAGGAACACAGAAGAAACACCAGUCUAAAGCAGUGCCUCAGGAUCUGAGAUGGUUUAGUAAGUGUGUUUUUUUAAAUGUGUGUUUUUUAAUAUGAGAGAUUACUGUCUUUACUGUAUUUAUGGAUAGUGUGUAAAAAGCACUGGUUGGGGUAUCAGCAGAUUAUGAAUUCUGCUUCCAGAUGUCUUGUGUGUAAGUCAACCUGUUUCCAUCUCCCUUUCUGUAAAGCAGAAUAAUGUUUACACCUUAAUCUGCCUCUCAGGGAUACCAUGUUAAUAAAAAUUAUGUCUAUAAAGUA